AUGUUGGCCUCAGAAACCAUCGAGGUGGCCACACUCGGACGCCCCUUCCAGCUGGAAAUGCUACCUGUGCGUGGAGUACAAGCUGGUCUUACAGAAAUCUCUGGCACAGGCUGUUCGUACCUACAGGGGCUACAGAGUCCACCGAGCCCCGAGACUCCAAUAACAAUCCCGAAGGACAGCAGAGUCAAGUCAGGGGACGUCAGUCGUGUUAAAGUACAGAGCGACCACUUCCUAAACUUCUCCACUUUGAUAGAGCGCAGGCAGCCUUCCUUAUACAGGCUGUCGCAGGAACAGGAGCCCACCGACGAGCAGCAUUUCCAGCGCUUCACGUUCGGCAGGAAAGUAGAAGAAGGGAACAAUAAGGUCAUCAUCCUUCUGGGGGCCACGGGGGCAGGGAAGACCACCCUCAUCAACGCGAUGAUCAAUUACAUCCUGGGCGUGCAGUGGGAGGAUCGGUUUCGAUUCAAGCUGAUCCACGAGGAGACCAACCGCUCGCAGGCGGAGAGUCAGACCUCCAUCGUGACGUCCUACGAGCUCCACAACCAGAAGGGAUUCGUCGUCCCCUACUCCCUCACGGUCAUCGACACCCCGGGGUUCGGAGACACGCGGGGACUCUCUCGGGACAAGCUGAUCACAGAGCAGGUGAAGCGCUUCUUUACCAGCCCCGGCAGUGUGGACCACAUCGACGCCGUGUGCUUCGUGGUUCAGGCGUCUCUGGCGCGGCUGACCUCCAUCCAGCAGUACGUCUUCGACUCCAUCCUCUCCAUCUUCAGGAAGGACAUCGCCGAGAACAUCCUCGUCACGUUUGUGGACGGGAAGGACAUCCCCGUCCUGGGCGGCAUCGAAGCCGCGGGCCUGCCGUGCCGCAAGAACCAGAAGGGCAAAGCGACGCACUUCGAAUUUAACAACUCCUCCCUUUACACACAAAACGAGAGGCCCGACACCAAUCCCAACAGGGAGGGCUCCGGGAAAAUGGCAACGAAGAGGACGAGAACAAGCUGGAGAAAAUUGUCUGGACGAACAACGUGAAGCAGCUGAAGAGGUUUUUCCAAACGUUGGAGGAGACGGAGGGGAAGGACUUGGCGCUGACGAAGAAAGUCCUGGAGGAGCGCGAGAGGCUGGAGACGGCGAUGGCGAGGCUGCUGCCUCAGAUCUAGGCCGGGUUGGCGAAGCUGAACGAAAUGAAGAAGAUCA